AUGUCUACGGCACAUGACAAUGCUAUGCCAAAGGUCAAAUUUUUAACGUUCAAUACUUGGGGAUUAAAAUAUGUUUCCAAGCACAGAUCCAUAAGAUUAAGAGCAAUUGCAGAUAAAUUAUCCGGCAAAUUUGGAGCAAUUCCACUGACUGAAUCACUAUAUGGUUCGUCUGAAACAUACCAAGAAAGUUAUCACGUUCCAGACAAUGAUGAUGAUUAUGAUGUUAUUGCUUUACAAGAGAUCUGGGUUCAAGAAGAUUGGGAUUACAUAACUUCAAGGACUCGUCAUGUGUAUCCUUACAGUCGUUUAUUUUCUUCAGGAAUAUUAACAGGACCUGGUUUGGCUAUAUUGAGUAAGAUUCCGAUUGAAAAAACUUUUCUCUAUCGCUUCCCUAUUAAUGGGAGACCAAGUGCAUUUUGGAGAGGAGAUUGGUAUGUUGGGAAAAGUUUAUCUGUUACCAUAUUAAAACCCCUAAAUGAAAAAACGCCCUCCUUGUGCAUUUUGAAUAGCCACAUGCACGCCCCAUAUGCACAAAAAGGUGAUGCUGCAUAUUUAUGCCAUCGUAGUUGUCAAGCCUGGGAUUUGUCCAAAUUAGCCAAAUUAUACAGUAAAGCUGGAUAUGCAGUUGUUGUUGUUGGGGAUUUAAAUAGUAAGCCAGGAACUUUACCCCACAAAUUUUUAACAAUGGAAACUGGCUUGGUUGAUAGUUUUGAACAAUUACACCAAAAUGAUCUGGUUAGUUUGGAUAGGAUUAAAACCAUGACUCCAUGGCAUCAAAUAAUUUAUGGUGGUACCACUUGUGAUUCCAUACUAAAUACUUGGAGAGCUCAAAGAAAACCUUGGGAAGCUUGUAGAUUGGACUAUGCUUUAAUAGAUCCCAAUAAACUAGAAACGGUUGAUGCGAGCGUAAAAUUUACCGAAAGGAUUCCUAAUAUUGGCAGUUUUUCAGAUCAUUUUGCUUACAGUUGUACAUUACAAUUUAAACCUAUUAAUAACAUUAAUAAGAGUAAAAUGGAAGUUGAAAGCAGGGAAUUUUUGAUACAAAAACUACAAAAUUACAAUGAAAUGCUAAGCAUUUUACAAGAUUAUAAUAAAACAGCACGUUGGCAAAAAACUUGGAGAGGUUUCCAUUUUUUGAUUUCUUCACUCUAUGUUAUUGGUGUUCAUGUGGUGGUAACUUUCACUGCCGAGAAAGCUGGUUGGUCAAGUGUUUUAUGGUUAUUUAGUACUGUAGUUGUCACAGUCACUGGUGUACUUGAUGGGUUAAUAAGUUUUUUAUUUGGUAACAAAGAAUUGAGGGCACUACAAGAAGUCUCAAGAGAAGUUCUAGAUUCGCGUAGUUCUUUACAACAAGAAUUAGGAAACUCUUAUUGA